AAAAUGAGGCCGAUGCCCCUACUGCAGCUGGCGCUGCUUCUCGGCGGCCUGCCCAGGAGCCUGGGCGGGAAAGGAUGUCUUUCUCAGUCCUGCGAAUGCCACCAGGAGGAGGACUUCAGAGUCACUUGCAAGGAUAUCCGCCACAUCCCCAGCCUGCUGCCCAGUACACAGACUUUGAAGUUUAUAGAGACUCAUCUGAAAACCAUUCCCAGUCAUGCAUUUUCAAAUCUGCCCAAUAUUUCCAGGAUCUACUUAUCAAUAGAUACAACUCUGCAGCGGCUGGAAUCACAUUCCUUCUACAAUCUGAGUAAAAUGACGCACAUAGAGAUUCGGAAUACGAGAAGCUUAACAUACAUAGACCCUGGUGCCCUAAAGGAGCUGCCUCUCCUGAAGUUCCUUGGCAUUUUCAACACUGGACUUAAAAUAUUUCCUGACUUGACCAAAGUUUAUUCUACUGAUGUGCUCUUUAUCCUGGAAAUCACAGACAACCCCUACAUGACUUCAGUCCCUGCCAAUGCUUUUCAGGGACUGUGCAAUGAAACCUUGACACUGAAACUAUACAACAAUGGCUUUACUUCAGUCCAAGGACAUGCUUUCAAUGGGACAAAGCUGGAUGCUGUUUAUCUGAACAAGAAUAAAUACCUGACAGUGAUUGACAAAGACGCAUUUGGAGGAGCGUACAGUGGUCCAACCUUGCUGGACGUCUCUUACACCAGUGUCACUGCCCUGCCAUCCAAAGGCCUGGAGCACCUCAGAGAAUUGAUAGCAAGAAACACUUGGACUCUAAAGAAACUUCCAAUUUCUAUGAGUUUCUUGCACCUCACACGGGCUGACCUUUCUUAUCCGAGCCACUGCUGUGCCUUUAAGAAUCAGAAGAAAAUCAGAGGAAUCCUUGAGUCCUUAAUGUGUAAUGAGAGCAGCAUUCGGAGCCUGCGUCAGAGAAGAUCUGUGAACGUUUUGAAUGGUCCCUUCUACCAGGAAUAUGAAGAAGAUCCAGGUGACCACAGUGCUGAGUACAAGGAAGACUCCACGUUCCAGGAUACGCACCCUCAUUAUUACAUCUUCUUUGAAGAACAAGAAGAUGAGAUCAUUGGUUUUGGCGAGAAGCUCAAAAACCCACAGGAAGAGACCCUACAAGCCUUUGACAGCCAUUAUGACUACACCGUGUGUGGGGGCAGUGAAGACAUGGUGUGUAACCCCAAGCCAGAUGAGUUCAACCCCUGUGAAGACAUCAUGGGCUACAAGUUCCUGAGAAUUGUGGUGUGGUUUGUUAGCCUGCUGGCUGUCUUGGGCAACGUCUUUGUCCUGGUCAUCCUCCUCACCAGCCACUACAAACUGACCGUCCCACGCUUUCUCAUGUGCAACUUGGCCUUCGCAGAUUUCUGCAUGGGGUUGUAUUUACUCCUUAUCGCCUCUGUAGACCUCUACACUCAUUCUGAGUACUACAACCAUGCCAUCGACUGGCAGACAGGCCCCGGGUGCAACACGGCUGGUUUCUUCACCGUCUUUGCUAGUGAGUUGUCAGUGUACACACUGACGGUCAUCACCCUGGAGCGCUGGUACGCCAUCACCUUCGCCAUGCGCCUGGACCGGAAAAUCCGCCUCAGGCAUGCAUAUGCCAUCAUGGUUGGGGGCUGGGUCUGCUGCUUCCUGCUCGCCCUGCUCCCUUUGGUGGGAAUCAGCAGCUACGCCAAGGUCAGCAUCUGCCUGCCCAUGGACACCGAGACCCCUCUUGCCCUGGCAUAUAUUAUCCUGGUUUUGUUGCUCAACAUCGUCGCCUUUAUCAUCGUCUGCUUCUGUUAUGUGAAGAUCUAUAUCACAGUCCGAAAUCCCCAGUACAACCCAGGGGACAAAGACACCAAAAUUGCCAAAAGGAUGGCUGUCUUGAUCUUCACUGACUUCAUGUGUAUGGCCCCCAUCUCAUUUUAUGCUCUCUCGGCACUUAUGAACAAGCCUCUUAUCACUGUUACCAACUCCAAAAUUUUGCUGGUUCUUUUCUAUCCCCUUAACUCCUGUGCCAAUCCAUUUCUCUAUGCUAUUUUCACCAAGACCUUCCAGCGGGAUGUAUUUAUCCUGCUCAGUAAGUUUGGCAUCUGUAAACGCCAGGCUCAGGCAUACCGAGGCCAGAGAGUUUCUCCAAAGAACAGGACUGGUAUUCAGGUCCAAAAGGUCACCCAAGACAUGAGGCAAAAUCUCCCCACCAUACAGGAUGACUAUGAGCUGCUUGAAAACUCACAUCUAACCCCAAAUAAGCAGGGCCAAAUCUUAAAAGAGUAUAAGCAAACAGUUUUGUAAACUGACCCUACACUACUCACAGUGGUAGAGGGACUUAAACAAGGCUGGUUUCUUGAACACGCAUUCCAACCCUUUCACAUACACAAGACAGUUUAUUUAACUCUUGUGCAGGUGACAGUUCAUGGGACAAGAGUUCAUCUCCCAAAAAGAAUAGCAUUAAUCUAAUCAUUGCCCCCAAGAAGGAAGAUUCUACCAGCAUGUCUGAACCCCCGAUGAUAUCAAAAUAAUCUAUACUGUUUGGAAGGCUUGCUUGAUGCCAAG